CUAAUUGCAUCCAACCUACUCACCCUCUGUAACUGUCUUCCAACACAUCCUCCUCCUCCAUUAAUAUCCUUUUCCUUCCCACUAUCAUAUAUAUCCACUUCAAACUUCUAUAUAUACCCCUUCUCACAAAUACUACCUUUCUCUUCUAUCUCAUCACACACCCACAAACCAAACAUGAUCCCAACUACAAGUCUUCUCUUGCUUACUUUGAUCCUCGCUGCUUCACUUGCUGGCUUCUCAGCUCGACCCGACUCCUCCACCGGAGCCUUCUCAGCUGAGCUCAAGCACUCGAGCAACAAGAACAAAGGUGGUGGUGCUGGUGGGGGAAACAAUGGUGGAUACAAUGGAGGUGGCAACAAUGGUGGCAUGGGAGGGUUCUUUGGGCCCGGGUUUGACAUACCCGGGUUUGGAAAGGGCUUUGGAGGUGGGUACGGCGGCGGGUACGGCGGUCCGAGUGGAGGCUCCUCCAAAGGUGGUAUAGUCAGGACCACUCAGGUGUGCAAAGAAAAGGGUCCUUGCUUCAACAAGAAGCUGACGUGUCCUGCUAAGUGCUUCACCUCCUACAGCCACUCGGGGAAGGGCUACGGCGGCGGUGGCGGAGGCGGUGGUUGCACCAUCGACUGCAAGAAGUGUACUGCUUACUGCUAGAGGAGUAUUGGCUGGUCUGUCCCUCUGUCGUUAUGGUGCAAGCUAGUAGUAUAUAGAAUCCACGAGUUUGUAGUAGUUCCUUUGAGACUAUUCUAUGUUUUUACCGAGUCACUUCCUCUCUAAUCUAUUUAGUUAAAAUAAAGAAUUACUUGGGUAAUGGAGUGGCUUUAGGGUUUUCUUUGUGUUCUAUAUAUACAGCUUUAGGGUUUGGCUGGGUGUGUUAUGGUUGUGUUGAGAACCCAUAUCUAUUGAUGUGUGCUUUACUUCAUUUGAGGCAAGUCUUCUAUAGUUGGGCAAAUGCCAUACCAAGCUGCUAAUUUGGCCCUUCCCAUCCAAAUUGUUGUAUGAUAUAGCCAACAUGUUUCGUGACUUGAGGAAAGCAAUUUCAUACACAGAAG